CUUUAUCAAGAAGAAAUCCUCCCACAACCAGAGGGGCCAUCUGACUUGGAGUUAGCCAUUGUGGUCUUCACGGGCCAUUCUGCAAAGACGAGUUAUACUCCACGGCCAGACCCGAAGAGUAAAUUGGAUCUUUCAUGGAGCAGUGUGCUCUGGACACUGAAAGAUCAUGCUCCAAGCUGGAUCCUCAUAUCCAAGCCAUUGCCCAAACAUACUUCUCAUUUCCCCGUGGAAUAGAGGAGACCCUCCGGAGCAUAAAGAAGCAUGUAGAGGUUAUUGAGAAAGCUUGUGCACAGUUUGCUCAAGACACCCUUUAUGCUACCAUACAAGCAGAGGGGGAGGAAGAAGAAGCCAAUCAUGGGGAUGUUGAGGAGCAUACAGAAGUUGGCACGGAGAACUCUUGUGAUAAUCAUUAUCAGGAAUGUCCUCUGGUGGUAGAUCACACAAUUCCCCAUUUAUGCUCUAACAUGUUGGGCCCCGAGCGCGGCGAUGCAAGAUGAUUUCAUUGGAGAAAUUGCUUGGCGACUUGCUCUCCAAUCUGUGGUGGAAGAAGAAGAAGAGUGAGGAAGGUUGAGGGAAGAAGUUGUGGGGGACGAAGGAAGUGACGUAGAAAGAGUUCUUGCACUUUUCCAAGGGGAGAUACCACAUUUUGAAGAAGGAAGAGGGAAGGAAGAAGAAAUUGACGUCCAAGAUGAUGAAGAAGUCGAGGUGGAAGAGGCUUGCACUGGCCAUGAGUUACAUGUGAUAUCUCCAUCAAACUUCAAGACGCUGCUAGGAAAAGACCCAUUUCCAGUGUCUCUUUGCCAGACAAAGACCACAUCAACAUCGAUCCCUCUUGGUGGACGUAAUGGUGGUCAAUCGAUGAUAUCAUAUCUCGAGUGUAGAUACUUCAUCUUCCUCAAGUGCACGAGCCAUCUUCAUCACCUAUCACACCACCUGCUCGUGACUUGAGAAUGCACCUCAUCAAUGAGAACCUCAACUUCAAGGAGGUUCAAGGUUGGACCGAAAUUUUGGAGCCACCGUCCAACUAAUGACGUGAAAGAAGCGCUUAUUGGGAGGCAACCCAACUACACGGUUUGCAUUUCUUUUCCUAUUUCUCUUUGGUUGAAUCAGUGUUGUGCUAUGAUUUUUGAGUCAAUAACUCAAAUUUUGUGAG